GUUGGCAACAUUAGUUUAGUUCCACGUUCCCGGAAAUUUCAAGGCAGCUGGCAGCUUCAAAUUCCAAAUAAAACCUUGGCGAUUUGUCGUCAAAGAAUAGCUUAUUUUAUUUUAGGCAUUACAUUUUUUUUAUGAAAAUUAAGUGAAGAUGGCAACAAAGGGGUUGUAUUAUACCCCUCCAGGAACAGACGGAUCGGAAUAUGCACACAGACAACGAGUGGCUAGUCACUAUCAAACAAGUGCUUUAAAUAAAUCAAGACUCAAAUAUUGCAUAUUUUUCCACUACUUGUUGUUUUUUGCAAUGUUGGCAAAGCUCUCUGCAGAUAUAUUAGAUAAACUAGAUAUAUUUAUAUUAGAAAUUGAAGAACUUGACAUUCCUAAGCCGUUAUGGUGGGAAUAUAUAUGGUGUAUAAGUCUCCUGUUAUCCUUUAUGGGUUUGGAUGCAAUCAAAAAGAAUAAAGUUACUCCGAUGAGAAAUUAUAUGAUGGGCCUCACUUUAUUUGGAUUCCUCCCACUACUUUACGCUAUUAUUUACUACUUUCCAGAUGUAUGGACAUAUUUGACAUUCGAGGAAGAAGAGGAGUUAGAAGAAAUCCACUUGUGGCAGGGUUAUCCCUAUGGGUUGUUGUGGUAUGCAUUUAUUCUAUUGGCAAUUCAAGUACAUAUGUUUUCAAUGUAUUUUGCGUGGAAUUUGUUAACUGCCUGGAAAUCAAAAGGUACAAAAAAAUAUGAAUAGCAGGUUCAAGAAACAUUUAAUUCUGAAAGACAUUUUGCUCAUUCUUGUUUUAAUAAAAUAUGUUAUUUCAUAGAUCUUCAACACAUACUUAGACAGUUUCAUACAUAUUUCAUUUAUAUUAAAAACCAAAUUAGUCUCAAAUUUCUACAGAAAUUUGUAGUUUACACAUAUGUUCAAAAUUUUCAUCAUGAAUGAAUAAUGUCUGUCAAAUGUUGUCUCAAGCCGUUUGGCUAUUAAUUCUUCAUUUGUCAAAAAGUGUGUUCACAAUAUUGUUGAAAAUUUUCUGAAAUGUAUUUUGUGUAAGCAUGUUAAUGUAUACUUAUAUGAAACAUCAACAUAUAUGUAUUAAAAUCUAUUUAUUUUUUAA